AUGAGAAGAAACGAUUAUGCAAAGGCUAUUGAAGAUCAGGGUUUUAAAUUGGUUUACAAUCCUCCUGGAGAUGGCAAUUGCCAAUUUGCUGCACUAUCGCACCACGCAAAGAGACUAGGCAUUUUGAGAUCUCCUGAAACCAUGAGGAAAGAAAUAGUAGAGUACUUAAAAAGUAAUCCGUACGAUAACGAUGGCUUCCUACUUUUGGAGCAUUUGGCAGAUGAUGAGUUCGCUUGCUGGGACGAUUAUAUAACUCUUAUGGCGCGAGAUGGGACCUAUGGAGAUCAGAUUACGCUGUAUGCAGCAGCAAACUUGUAUAAUAUCGAUAUACAAAUAGUUUCCUCUCUAGGAGUUGGUGGGUAGCAUGUGUUCAGUCCGUCAGCAAGUGUUUCAGCAGCUACCGUGUACCUUGGACAUCUUGCUGAGAACCAAGGCGAACACUACGUGAGCUUGGAACAAGUUGCGGAUCAAAACGACGCUAGUGAAAAAGAAUACGAUGCAAAUGACUUAGGAGAAGGAGAAGUUCCCGAGGAUUAUGCGAAUAAAAUGCACAUAGAGCAGGACGUCGUUGAUUUUGAAAUGGGUGACUCUGACGCAAAAACUGGACUUGACAGUAUCGUCGCCAUUGGUGACGACACGGACAUUGCUACAGAUAUAGCUAAGGGACUUACUCAUGGAAGCCGAACAAACGAGACGGAGUAUGAAUUGCAAAAUGAAGUCGACAAUGGUAUAGCCAAUGAUGGUGAUAAGCUGAUGGAGGUUCAGUUUGUUUCAGAUGUAGACAUCGACUUAUUUGCGACGAGAGGAGAUGACGAAUGUCACAUUGGAAAACUUCCCAGUGAAGUUUUAGAAAAAAUCUUAGAAAUAGUGUUAGCGUCAUCGGCCAUCCUGUUUGUUGGUAAUGCAUGCCACACUUACCAAACAUUACGUAAAGUUAAUACACGAUUAAGGGCGUCGGUGCAACGUCUGAAACAAUUUCUACCGAGGCUUUAUGCCUCUGGUGGAUUAAAGUCUUGUUUAAUCAGCGCUCGAAGCCUUCUAAAAAAGUGUGGUCCUUUAAGCGGUCUAUUGAUCGAGCUGAAGAAAAUCAUUUCUAGUCCAAAGUGGGCUAAUGCUUGGCUGGAAGUUCAAGUGGAUGAACUCGAUUGGUACGUAAUCAUUGGAAUUUUUUGGAAAAGAAAUUGA